CUCUUUGCUGACAGGGAAAAACAGAAGGGAGACAAAGUCUAAACUGGGGAGACCAGUGGCCCCUCCACCCACCCUCUGUUGGAACUACAAUUCCCAGAAGCCUUUUCGCUAGGGUCAUUGAUCCCUGCUCUCAGGGAGGGAAGCUAUUUGUUGCCUGGCAACAGAAACUCCUUUAGGGUAGGACAAGCUGGCGGUAUAACUACUUGAGUGAACCUCUGCCAGACUUUGCGGGAGAGGGGCUGCUAACCCGAACCGGAGGAAAAGUGGGCUACGAUCCAGGCGGCGACUUAGACAUGUGUGAGGGUCCGUCCCACAUCUCGGGGCCCAUCCCUCCAGAUCCCACGCUGUGCCCCGACUACUACCGGCGGCCAGCCUCGGCCCAAGGGCGCCUUGAGGGAAAUGCGCUGAAGCUGGACGUGCUGACCUGGGACCAAGACCUGGAUGCCACGCUUCUGCGCGGCCCACGCAUCAGGCCUGGAGCCCGAGAGAUCCUGGAGCAUGGGCAGCGCGGCGCGGGGGACGUGCUGCUCCAACUAGAGGGCAUCUCUCUUGGUCCAGGGCCCUCUCCCAAGAAGAAGGACCCUAAAGACCACGAAAAAGAAAACCUGAGGCGUAUCAGGGAGAUCCAGAGGCGCUACAGAGAGCAGCACAGCCGGGAGCAGGGCCAACCCAGGCCACUGAAGGCACUGUGGCGCUCACCCAAGUAUGACAAGGUGGAGUCCCGAGUUAAGGCACAGCUGCAGGAGCCUGGCCCUUCCUCUGUGACAGAGCCUGCUCACUUCCUGCGGGCACACUCCCGCUGUGGCCCUGGGUUACCACCACCCCGAGUCCCCAGUCCCCAGCUUACCCCAUCAAGUCCUAAAGCCAAGGGGCCACGCCGAGGUGUGGACUUUAUUAGUCACAAUGCCCAAGCUGCCAAGAGGGCCCCGCGGCGCCAUUCUCGCUCACUGCAGAUCCUGGCCCAGGUACUGGAACGGCAACGGGAAGCCCAGGAGCACUACAACACCACACAGAAGGGCCACGUUCCCCAUUAUUUGCUGGAGCGCAAAGAUCUUUGGCAGCGGGAGGCUGAGGCCCAGCAACGAAACCAGCCAGACCCCACCAUGCCCCCAGGCCACACUCGCAUGCCUGAGGACCAGAGGCUGGAGACACUGAACAAUCUGCUGCAGACCCAGACCCAGCUGCUGCGUGAGCUGGUACUGCUGCCUGCUGGUGCAGAUUCGCUGAGAGCCCAGGGCCACCGUGCUGAGCUGGACCGGAAGCUGGUGCAGGUGGAAGAAGCCAUCAAGAUCUUUUCUCGACCCAAAGUGUUUGUGAAGAUGGAUGCCUGAGCCCCUUUAUAGGAGCAGGGCCAGGGAGGCCCAUGCUGAGGACUUCCACACAGCUGCCAAGGGCAGGGUCAGGCCACAUCAGAGAGAAGAGGGCUGAAAAUAGCUGCAGUUGGGGGCAUAGUACCCCAGAGCACUCUUCCCAAUCACCAAUGCCUACAGAACAAUCCC